AUGAACCUUGAUUCUGAGGAGCUUAUUGCUGUCAAGCAGGCUAUGGAAUUUCUUAUUAAUGAUUUAAAGACAGUAAGUUUGAGAAUGUUUUUCUUCAUCCCCGAUUUCAAGGUUAUAGAUUUGAUCAAUUUGAAGAGUAAAAGACCAUCUUGCCGUUGCUUUGGUUUACCACCGAUGAAAAUCUGUCGCCGAUCUAGUGUCAGGAAGCUACAAGUUGUGCCCUUCGUUCCCUCAACUAUACUGAGAGACGCAGAGGGUGUGACAGGAAGACAGUCCAAAAGCUUCAAACCCUCCGUUCUGCAAUCACUAUCUUUGCCUUCAUCCUCUGUUCUCAGCGUCGCCGGCGUAGGUAGCAAGGACACUCUUGUUGAAGAUCUUCUCCUUCUUUGUUCAUCGGCGUCUUCCAUUUGUUGGUGUGAAGCUCAACUUUCUUCUCUCCUUCCCGCGCUAUCACUGGUCUUCUGUUCCGUUAGCCGUUGGUGCGUCAUGGUACACCUAGCUAGCAGGAUAUUUAUUGGAGAUGCUAGCCCUGUGUGCAGGCCAACACACAUGGAAUGGAGAGAUAGAUAUUUGUUGUGGUGGUUGUGGUGUGAAAGGGAAGGAACUGGGCCGAGAAUAGAGAUUUCUCGAUAAAGCAUUGUAAGAAUUGGUGUAAUAAAUUUUUAUAUAAGUAAUGAUAAAUGUGUAUAUAAGUUGCCAUAGGAAAGAUGUGCAUUUUACUGUAAAUUUUUAUGGUGUUUGGUGUUUUGAUUUCCUAGCCUUGUGUAUAUGAGCAUAUAUGAUGAAAUGAUAGUAUGGGCUAGUGGAUAGAUGAUAA